CUUACUGACUCCCAAGCUCAAACGUAAUCACCAUUUGUAUUAGCUGUAGCAUAUGUAACGUUAACUCAGUCCUUGUGAUAUUUUGUAACGUUAGCAUCUCUGUAAUGUGUCGCAUAAUAACCUCCGUAACUUUUCGACAAGAGGUCCAGCGCUAAAUAUAACGUCACUGGAUUGUGUGCAGGGAGGUCUUUUGCUGACCACCUGUCGGGUGUAAACCGAUAUCCCAUCAUCCCACAGCAUCAUGUCGUCGGAGAGCACCUUGGAUGAUGAGCAUACCUUCAAGAUCCUGAUCGCCACAGAUAUUCACCUUGGUUACCUCGAGAAGGAUGCUAUCCGUGGCAAUGACACUUAUAACACACUGGAUGAGAUCCUGAAAUGUGCCAAGACAAAUCAGGUUGACUUCAUCCUGCUGGGUGGUGAUUUGUUCCAUGAGAACAAGCCAUCACGACGAUGCCUCCACAACUGCAUCACUAUGCUAAGAAAAUACUGCAUGGGAGACACGCCCAUACACUUCAACAUUCUCAGUGACCAGACCAUCAACUUCAACACAACCCAGUUCCCCUGGGUAAACUAUCAGGAUGAAAACCUGAACAUCUCUAUUCCUGCAUUCAGCAUUCACGGUAACCAUGAUGACCCAACUGGGGCUGAAGGUUUGUGUGCGUUGGACCUGCUAAGUGCUUCUGGUCUUGUCAAUCACUUUGGUCAUUCCCAGUCAGUGGAGCGGAUAGAGAUUAGUCCCAUCCUCAUGCAGAAAGGCAGCACCAAGCUAGCCUUGUAUGGUCUUGGCUCCAUCCCAGAUGAGCGCUUGUACAGGAUGUUUGUCAACAACCAGGUAACGAUGCUUCGCCCCAAAGAAGACCAAGAUGAAUGGUUUAACCUCUUCACCAUCCACCAGAACAGGAGCAAGCACGGACCCACUAACUACAUUCCUGAGCAGUUUCUGGAUGAAUUUCUUGACUUGGUCGUGUGGGGUCACGAGCACGAGUGCUUGAUAACACCGACCAGAAAUGAACAGCAGCUCUUCUGCGUGACACAGCCUGGCAGCACUGUAGCCACCUCCCUGUCCCCUGGAGAGGCAGCAAAGAAGCAGAUAGGGCUGCUGAGGGUGAAGGGUCGUAAGAUGAACCUGCAAAAGAUCCCCCUUAAGACGGUGCGUCAGUUCUUCAUUCAGGAUGUAGUGCUGGCUGACUACCAAGACCUCUUCACACCUGAUACACCCCAGGUCACUAAGAAGGUGGAGAGCUUGUGUUAUGCAAAGGUCACAGAGAUGUUAGAAGAAGCUGAAAGAGAAAGACUCGGCUGUCCUCUCACUCCAGAGAAACCUCUUAUUCGCCUCAGGGUGGACUACAGUGGAGGCUUUGAGACGUUCAACACUUCUCGCUUCAGUCAGAAGUUUGUGGACCGCAUAGCCAACCCAAAAGACCUCAUUCACUUUCUUAGACACCGAGAGCAAAAGGAGGAUAUCAAAGAUGAUGUCAAUGUUGACUACAGCAAACUGUUAAAAACCACAGCAGUUGAGGGUUUGAGAGUGGAGGACCUGGUCAAACAGUACUUUGAGGCAGCCGAACAGACAGUGCAGCUGUCCCUUCUGACGGAGCAGGGCAUGGGGAAGGCUAUUCAGGAGUUUGUAGACAAAGAUGAGAAAGACGCCAUCGAGGAGCUGAUCACUUACCAGUUAGAGAAGACACAGCGCCACCUCCAGGCCAGAGGAGUAAUUACAGAGCAGGAUAUAGACACAGAGAUCCGGCUAUACAGAGACUCCAAAAAGAACACAACUGAGGAAGAAAAUGAAAUCAGAGAAGCUAUCAACAGAGCCAAAGCUCACCGUGUGGAGCGUGGCAGUGAGCCUGCAGACCUGGAUAUAUUUGAUGAGCUUGCUGAUGUUGCUAUGGACUCUGAUGAAGGCUCAGUCCCAUUCACUCCCCCUGCGCGAGGCAGAGGGCGAGCCAGCAGGGCGCGGGGUGGCCGGGGAAGGGGGAAAGGUGCAACUGCCUCUGAACCAAAGCCAACCGGCCGGGGCCGUUCCCAGAAGCCGUCAGCAACAACCCAAAGCAGAAGCAUUAUGCAAGCAUUUCAAGCUACAUCCCAGAGAUCAUCUCGGUCUGGAGCCGCCACAUCUUACAAAGCAGAAGAAGUGACCAUUGAUGACUCAGAUGAAGAUAUACCUGUAAUGAAAGCUACCCGACCUCCUCCAAAACCAACAUCGUCAUCAUCCUUCACGAAGUACAGCUCACAGAGUCAGAGCCAGUCAUCUAGAGGAGUCGCAUUUGAUGACAGUGAUGAAGAUGAGGAUAACCCAUUCAAAGGCCCCAGCCGUCAAACAAGGAGAUAACCAUCUUAUGUGUAACACUUGUUAAUGUUGAUUUUCCAAAAGAUCUGUAAAUGCUAAUUAGCAAGUGAGCUGCUGCAAUAUUGUUCGGAAGGACUUUAAAGUGCAUGUUUCAAUUUUAUCAGCAGCACCCAGUCUUCCUAAUGUUGACAAUAAUUAAUUACGCUGGACAGCUAUUGUUGCUUAGGUGAAAGGGCUAGGUGAAAGGGCUAGGCUAAACACUAGCUAGGGGGGCAAAGUGGAGGUGGGUCAUUUGCUAUCCCCCAUCUGAACCUACCAACUGGUGGAGCUUAUCUGCUACUGUACAUCAACAUUGUUGGUUUUGUCAUUGGCUUUUGUAGUCCUCUGAUAUUCAGUAAAUAAUAAAUGUUUUUUUCAUACAUAA